AUUUCUACUAAGAUUUCUAUAAGAAACAGUUUUUAACAAGAUUUUAAAUUAAAAAAUAACACGUCACAGUAGUAGCGCUGAAAUGAAUCACACUGGUCUUUAGCACGAAAACAUAAAAAAGACGACUGGCUAAAUAAACAAAAAAAAAAAAUUACAUUUUGUAUUUUUUUAAUAAUAAGUAUAUUUUCAAUAAUUUUCUUUUCAAUGUACCAUUUCUUUAUUGUUUAUUUUUUUAUGUAUAUUUGUACGCCUGCAUGCAGGCCGAACACAUCACAACAUUGUUUUUUGAAUUAUUUUACCACCUUUUUUGUAUUCUAUAUGUUCUCGCAAAUAAAUUGAUUUGAUUUGAUUUGAUUUGGCUUGACAAAAGGAGCGGGUUCAAAUCCCGCCGGAGAAUGAAAUCGUCUUCAGCACACAAUAUCUAAAAGUCUACCUAAAUGUAUGCAUAAAACUUUAUUAUAAUAAACACAAAAUCCAAUAACUUUUAACAAAGCAAAAAAUCCCAGUGCUAACAAUCGAAUAAAAGACGCAAUAAUUACGUUAAAGUGAACGUCAAACAGUGAAGUGAAACAUUAUACAUAAUCGUGCACGAAUAACUUUGACUCGAUGCGUUGGCGCACACAAGAUCAUACGGGUUAUUCUGCAACGACAAACAUACAUACAACAUAAAUUAUAACAGUAAUAUAAUAAUAAUUUCAAAGUUCAAAGUGCUUUAUUUGUGAGAAUAUAGGUACAAAAUGAUGAUGAAUGAUGAUGAUGAUGAUGAAUGAUUUGAUGGUAUGAAAUGAUGAUGCUGAUAAAUUUUCAAAACUUAAGUCACUGUAGUCCUGUACACUAGCUCGCUUUUCAAACGGGGAGCGCCGGUUCGAUUCCCUGUACGUAGUUAUUAAUUUCACUAACACCACACCCCGAACACUUCAUACAAACAACCUCGUUUUACACAGACAGCACACAUUGACGUAAUACACGUGCGUAUGUGUGUGUGACGUCUGACGCCAUACGAUUGAAGACUAAACUAUGUUCGAGGAGGGGUGAAGUAAACCUAGUUCAGCCGCUGGUGGGGAGCGGAGAGUUGCCGUUCUAUACGUAGUAUUAUUCAUUAGUCUAUGCUAACACGUCUUCAGAGUGUAUCCCGUCUGAAGGAUGAGUUACGAAAAAGAAAAACAGCCAGUUCGUAAGAGGCAGUUUUGUUGAAGUUUUUUCUAAGAUUUCUUCUUUCCGAUCUUUAGGGAAUAUAACAAAUAUAUAUAACACUAUGAUUUUGCAAUUAAACAUAAAACCAAAAGAAUAUGUUUGCUUACUCAAAUAGUAAGGGGAACUGUCAAAAUUUAAGAACACUCAACAGUAGCGACACCUGAUGGAAGAAAUAGACAGUAUUUAUCCUCAUUGAAAACACGAAAUAAAAACCAUUUCAAUUUAUACACUUUGUCUGAGUAAUGUGUAGAGAAUGCCCCAGCUUCCAAACAAGGUCUUAACCAGUAAGAUUCUAUCUCCUGCGCCACACACUCGCUCACAAUUAGCACUGAUAACAAUUGAUAACAGUGAUAACGUAAAGACAUGCCUCAAAGCCUUUGAAGGCUUCACUAAUAAUAGUAUCAAAAAUUUUGCGACACUGUGCGCGAAGGAAAAAUUUUGUGAUUUUCAACUUUUUAUUUGUGAUUUUACAUUAGUUGGGAGUGACUUGUUUGUACGUUAGUGUUUGUGACUGCUGUUUAGAGUUAUCUGGGAGAGAUUUCAAUUCAUUUAUAAGUCUGCCUUUUGUUGGCGUGGUUAAACUGUUUACGUAACUUUAAUCCUUAUAAGAAAGGUCUUCCAAGCAAUCUGUAAGUGUAAAUAGACUUGUGUAUAGAUAAACAGAAAAUGCAUACUUUCUAGAAGUAACGCGAAGAAUGAUUCAUAAAGUAACUUAUACAUAAUACAGACGCAAAAUAUCCAUAAAAGUUAUUGUUGUCAACGUUAUCAAUAUGGAACAAGAAAACUUAAUAAAAGAUACAGAAUUCGAACAAAUUAACCAAGUGUACGACGAAUGUUUAAACUACCUCAAAAACAUCAAGGAAAAAAAUAUAACCCAAUAUGAAACAAGAUUCAAUGAGGACAAUAAUUUCAACAAAUCCGACGACGACCCCGAAUAUGAAACCAUAGAUAACCGCGAAGAAAAUAUUAAAGAAGAAAGAGUUUAUGAAGACACAGGAUUCAAAGUAGAAAAUGAAAGAAUAAAAGAAUUUAAAGAAACAAAAUCAGAUAGGUUGCGCAGAUUGUCACAGCAGCUUCCUAAAAUUAUUAUAACGCAAAGUAAUUCCAGUUUAAAUGUGAAGAAAGGUGAUGAGGAGAGAUUGGUGAAGGGAGUAAAAAGGACGAAAGAUGGACAACCGAAGACAGAAAAGAAGAUUGCAGCUAAUAAUGGUAUCCGUCCACCCCUGGUUCGCACUAGGGGUGGUUACAGCGAUUUCCCAAAGCGUCUGGUCUCCAAGGGUGGCAUUGAGAAUGUGGCAUUGAUCUCCAACGUCCCCUUCGAGAAGAUACGUCUGCUUAACGAUACCUUUCAUACUUUGAUCAACCUGCGUUGGCGAUGGAUCGUGUUGGGCACGGUUGUCGUGCAUUUCACCAUCUGGUUGGUGUUCGCUGUGUUCUGGUACAUCACUGCGCUCGCGCACUAUGACUUCGCGCCUGACCCUCCCCUGAAGACCUGCGUCACCGGGGGCACCGACUUCCUCACCAUAUUCUUAGCUUCAGUUGAGGCACAGACUACAAUCGGGUUUGGAGACCGCGCCAUAGAUGAGGAAUGUCCAGAGUCGAUAUUUCUCUUCAUUAUGCAGCUGAUCCUUGGUACAGGGCUCUCAGGAGUGCUCACUUGUGUGGUGUAUGCUAAACUGACUCGCCCGGAGAAGCUGUCCCGGGAUGGUGUCGGGUUUAGCAAGAAAGCUGUUAUCGGCAUGAGGGAUGGUCAACUGUGCUUGAUGAUGCGCGCGUGGGACCUAAACUACGACCAUAUUAUAUGUUCCGAGUUCAAUGCGCAUUUUGUUAAUACACACAGGACUAAAGAAGGUGAGAUAAUCCGCUACUACGCACGAGGUCUGCCGCUGCAGCAACGACAGUUCCUGCUAUGGCCUGUGACCCUGGUGCAUGUGAUCGAUGUGGCCAGCCCCCUGUACCGAUACACGCCUGACCUCGUGGCUAAUAACAAUUAUGAAAUCACAGUGAGUCUAAAAGGUGCGUCUGCGUCGAUGGGCACGUUCACUCAGAGCCAGACGUCGUACACGCCGCGUGAGGUCGUGUGGGGACACCGCUUUCCUCCUGUCAUUAAGUAUGACAGUCGCAAGCAGAAGUACGUGAUAGACCACAAGAAGCUGGAUGCAAUCGAACCUGUAGACACUCCGCUCUGCAGCGCCAGCGAGCUUAACAGUUCAGUACAGGAGAAGUCGACCCCGCCGUCGCGUCCUGAAACGCCAUCAAACUUCAGUGAGACGAUAUCGCAUUUUGUGUUGGAGAGACAGUCGUCUUUCAGGAACAAAAAUAAAUAACACAAUGGCCCCGAUUCCUGCAGACACCGCCUAAUUUUAUUUUAAGUUAUAUCCGUCAUUUUCAUAUCCGUCGAAAAGGAAAGGGACGGAUGAUUCACAGCUCUUAAUUUUAGGAAGAAUGAGUAAAUGAAUGAAUAACCCGGGCGAAUCAAAAGGUACGUCGCUGGUAUGCAAUCCGUUUGACGUGCUGUCUACUUAACUAUGUCGGGUUAUUGACGGGUGUAAAAUUUUUAGACGGUUGGUUUAGAUUUGUGCUUAAAAUUGACGUGUGUUCCAUAAAUUUUAUGCUUGUCGAUUACCCGUCCUUUUCCUUUUCGGCGGAUAAGAAAAUUACAGAUAUAACUUAAAAUAAAAUUAGAUGGUAUUUACAGGAAUUAGCACCAAUGUAGGCUUAGUCAAAUUUCGUGGUAGUUGUCGAGCUUUUUUAAAAACUAAACUUAGCCUAUACGUCUAAUCGACGGAGCUCUACAAUAGAAUCUGAAAUUAUUACUAGCUUAAUUACAAAGGUAGCCUCGUAUAUGUAGGCGGUCUGUUCUUAGAAUGUCAACCGUUGCUUAGUUGCACAUCCUGUUUUUGUUAUGACUUUGAAUUCCUAGGAGAAAAAAUGCUGACAACAGCGCAAUAAGGGGAGAUGACAGUGUUGGGUCCUCUACCUUGUAUGGGGCACAUAACAUACUAAAUAUUACGUUCAGCUUAACAACCACAUAGACUGUUAGCGAUAUUGUAACGAAAACUUCAUGAUGAAUCAGACUUAGAUUCUGAAUUGAUAUCAAGAGUAAAGUAAGUGCGCAAUGCAAGCAAAUGUCAAAUAGCAAUAUUGCUUUUUAGAUGAAUAAUAAUAAUAAUAAUAAUUGUUAAGAUGUGGCCUUUUUAGGUGUUUAAUAUUUGAUUUAUUUUUUUGUUUUCGGUACGUAUUGCAGCGUAUAUUGGAGUAUGCUUCAUACCCCCUCCUGUUGAUUGAGGGGAGGCCUGUGCCCAGCAUCGGGACGUAGGUAUACAGGGUCUUAGCGACAUCGUAACGAAUACUGAGGGGGAUGAUUCAGACCAUGUUUCUGAGUUAAUAUCAAGUGGAAUUUUCGUGUCAUAAAAUUCAUGACAAUUUAAAUGUUUUUUGAAAUUAUUUUCCGUUCUAUACUUUUCCACUUGAUAUCAACUCAGAGUCAUGGCCUGAAUCAUCCCUCAAAGUUUUCAUUACGAUUUCACUAACACCGUGUAUUUAUAGGUUGUUUAAUGUUUAUGUGUUUAGGUGAUUCAGAUUAUUUUAUCCCUAAAUAUUAAAUUAAAAAUGUAUAUUUAUUCGUUUU